AGGAUUUGCAGGCUUGUCAAUGUCAUAUAUUUACUAUCGAAAUAACAAUAGUGAUAUAAAAGUAAAACGUAAUUUAUCUAUAAGAAGUUUCUUUUGAAUUUUAUACAAGUCCUUUUAGCCGAUAAAUAAUUGAGAUUUUUUUUUCAUUUAAAUCUCCAAUAACAAUUUUCUGAUUUUUAGUGUGUUUUAUAUAAAAGUGUCCCGCGAAAUUCAUCAGAGAAAAGGAAAUUUCGUAAGAAUAUUUAAAAAUAAACGUUUAUUAUUGUAUUCGAAGGUUUUUCGUGAAAUUUUUAUUUUUAUCACGAAAAACUUGUAGAAUACAAAAUGCAGAGCACAUGGAGAGAUCGAGACAGGGACUUUCAAAAGUUCCUGGUCGGUGGAGAAACGACGAGACGUCAUUUGGUGGAGGCUAUUUUUACAACAAAAAGAAGACAAUAUACCCCUUUACCAGGAUUUGAUCCCAAUAUUGAUGAAAAGGAAUAUUAUCGUCUUCAGCAAAGUAUCGAUUGCGAUGAAGUUUAUCCAAAUAUUUUUCUUGGAGACUUCGAAACUGCAAAAAACAAACCAUAUUUACUGGGCAGAUUGAAAAUUACGCAUUUAUUGAAUUGUGCUGAGGGAAAAAAAUUCGGAUUUUGUCGAACCGAUAGAUUUUAUUAUCUAGACACACAGCUAAAAUAUCUUGGUUUGCCUAUUUUGGAUUGUCCAUCACAAGACAUCAGUCAGUAUUUUCAAACGGCUGCUGAUUUUAUCGAAGAUGCUUUAAGUACCGGAGGAAAAGUUUACGUGCAUUGUCUCGUUGGAGUUUCACGAAGUGCAACUUGUGUUCUGGCAUUUCUCAUGAUAAAAAGAAACAUGUUGGCAGUUGACGCAAUAAAACUUGUUCGUCAAGGAAGAGAUAUUCAUCCGAACGAAGGAUUUCUUCAACAAUUGGCACAAUUGGACAACUAUUUGCGUCGAUCAAGACUUUAAUUUUUUUCUACUAGACAAAAUAUAUUAAUUUCACUUAGUGAAAAAUGGAAAUCCAAAAAGAGAAUCAAUAUUCUAACGUACCAAGGCUGAUAGUAUAUUUAUUAGUACGCCACUUUUGAUAAUUUUUCGUGAAGCACUCGUUAAUGUAGUUGAUGAUUAACUUUCUUCAUAAUGAAAUAUUAAAAUCGUUUAUAAACGAAAACAUUUUUUAAAAAGUUAAAGAUCUAUUUUUGUAGACUGCUGGCAGUCGCUUUUUUUAAAUAAAAAACGUUAUUUUCAGUUUUAUAUAAUUAAAACUAGAAUUAGAUUUUUCUAAAAUUAUUUAUUUUUACGAGAUCUCUUAUUUAGAGAAAACUAAAAUGUAUAUUUUGAAAUGAUCUAAAUUUAUUUCGUGUAAUAAAGAAAAUUAUAUCAAUAGUUUUUA